AUGAGCGAAUCACCACCCAACGAUCCUUUUAAUCAGGAAAUUCAACAACUGAGAGCUGAUUACGAGGGGAGAAGAAAUCGGUCUAAUCUGAAUUCCACUCCUGACCAACAGAUAAUAGACCUCAGUUUGGAUGUGGUUGAUGGUGUUUUAUGCUACACUUACUGGUAUGAACCUUCAGGCCAGUGCAUCCGGCUGGCCGAUAUACCGGGCACUCUUUCUGGUGAUAUACUCCACCUACUACGAAACAUUCCCGUCUUAGAGGGUGACCACGAAAUCAUCGGUGACCAAAUAUGUCCCCUCAAAAAUACACUACCACUUCCAGAGCUAGACGAUGACUCUGAGGAACUUGGUACAGUUCUUGCCUCGCUCCCUGUGAUCAAAGUCAAUUCCAGUAAACAUUUUGUGAAGGAGGGUAAAUAUCAGAGUGAGAUUAGAAAUCUACUCAAAUGUCAAGGUGGAUCUUGCCCAGGAGUACCAAAGUCAUCUCACAUCAUUCAAUUACUGGGAAGGUCGCCCGAUGGGAAGCUGGUUUUCGAGAAGUUCAAGCCACGCUAUGUCUUGGUGAACAUUUAUCCUCUUGCUGUCUAUACAGACUGGAUUCUGCAGAUACUCUCCGGGUUGAAGUGCCUUCAUUCCCUUGGGAUCGUUCAUCGUGAUCUCCGCAUCGAUAAUAUUGUCUUCUCCUCUGAUACCUCUCGCGUGCUUAUUUGUGAUCUCGAGAGUUGUUGGGGAAAUUGUUUGGCACCUGAGGUUUCUCGCAAGCCGGUGUUGGAUGCUGGCUGA